CAGAGCGAUAGCACAGCAAGAGAGAUAGGGAGCGAGGGAGGUUGAUAGAGGGGAAGCGUGUGGGGACAGAAGAGACAUAAGUGACACAGAGAGCACCGUGGAUGAAGAGAAUGUAGCUCGGGUGCUCUACACACACACUGGCACCAAGAGCCAGUGUGCCCGAGUGAAUUUGACAAUGAGUCAUAUUUAAAACCAAGGGAGGGAUCGCUCUGCGCGUGUGGGUGCGUUCGCAGCAAAAGGCAUUGAAAAACAUGGCAGAGAAGGAACGACACCGGCCAAAGCGGGAUCCAUAGAAGCAGUCGCACCGUUAUUGGGCCACCACACACAGAGAGAAAAGCAGCGAUAAAACGGUAACCGUGAGAUGGAGCUGAGAGGUGAGCCACGGUGUGUGGUGGACAGGAAGAAAUAGAUAAACCAUUGAAGCUGGCAGCAGCACUGGGCAGAGUCAUGGGCAGGUUGUUGUGCCCUAGUAGAUGAGAGAUGAGGGGAGCAAGCCCGCCGCACUGCCCUGAAACGACUUGAACUGGGGGAACAGAUAAAAACGUUGGCCUCUGCUGAAGACCGCAUGAACCUGGUUGAAACAUAUGGGCAGGUUUGUCAACUGACCAACAAUUCAAAGUGACUUGAAUGUUACGGUUCAAUACAUGCACCACCUCCCGACUAAUUACUUGGUUCAUCAACGAUAUCGCACACAGCAUACGCCUGACCUGACCGAGUGUGUUACGGCUGCCCACGUGAGGUGGUACACAGACACCAUGCAGUGGAGGCGCCGCCACUGCUACACGCAUGUCGCUGGCCUACUGUCUCUCCUCUCGCUCCUGAUCAUCCUGGGCCAUCAAGACUGGCUACCGGGCCUCAGGGGGCCAACAUGGCAGAGGGAGCACCUAGUGGCUUACACUGAAAGAGGACUACACUCUACCAAAGAAAAAGGGAAUCACAGCUCUUCACAGACUCUAUGGAGGGAUGCACUGGUUCCCCCUUCGCCUCCGGAAAGAAAUGCCAACCUCAGUUCCCCUCAGGACUCCUCCUUUCCACAGGGGAUUACGGGACUGGAGAACUCAGUGGCGGCUAAUGCUAGCUUGAGUGGGGAAAUCGGGCUAAGGGGCCUGCUGACCUCAGAGCCAUACCCUUACAUCAUCAAUGAGCCCGACAAGUGCCGAGAGGGCAACCCAGAGCCAUUCCUGGUGCUGCUGAUAGCCACUGAGGGCAAUCAGGUGGAAGCCAGGGAGACCAUUCGGCAGACCUGGGGGAACGAGAGCAUGGUCCCGGGCCUAAGCUUUGUUAGGCUCUUCCUGUUAGGCGUAAAGGAGGGCAGGGUAGGCCGCCUGCAGCAGAGCAGCCUGGAGGCCGAGAGCCGGAGGCACCAUGACAUCAUCCAGCAGGAUUACAUGGACACUUACAACAACCUGACUAUAAAAACCCUGAUGGGCAUGCACUGGGUGUCCACGCACUGCCCAGGCACCAACUAUGUCAUGAAGACAGACAGUGACAUGUUUGUCAACACAGAGUAUCUCGUGCACAAGCUGCUCCAGCCAGAGAUGCACCCUAAACGGGACUAUAUUACGGGCUACCUGAUGAGGGGCUAUGCACCCAACAGGAACAAGAAUAGCAAGUGGUACAUGCCCCCCGAGCUGUACCCCAGCGAGGUGUACCCUACUUUCUGCUCAGGAACGGGUUAUGUGUUCUCAGGGGACCUGGCUGGAAAGAUCUACAGGGCCUCCCUGGGUAUCCGCAGGCUGCAUCUGGAGGACGUUUACGUGGGCAUCUGCCUGGCCAAGCUGCGGAUCGAACCCACGCCGCCGCCUAAUGAGUUCCUGUUCAACCACUGGCGGGUGUCCUACUCCAGCUGCAAGUAUAGCCACCUCAUAACCUCCCACCAGUUUCACCCCAACGAACUGCUCAAGUACUGGCAUCACCUGCAGAGCAACAAGCACAACGCCUGCAUAAACACAUCCAAAGACAAGGUGGGCAGGUUUCACCAGAGGAAACUGCAGGGUGUACAGCCUAUUUGGUGACAGAGGGUUGAGUGUGAUGUUAGGUCAUUGCCUGUGCAGGAGUCACUGGGCAAGAGAUGAGAGUCAAGCAUGUUUUUGGACAAACUAAUGCUUGAAGACAAUUUUUUUUAAACUACAGUUUAUAUAUUCGAGUUUAAUACAUUCAUUGAUUGAAAGAAUAUAUGCAUUGGGGUACAGAGGAAGACAUCACUUAUGUAAAAUGUGGGUGCUGUUUAUUAUGAGGAUAUAGCUUAAGACUAUUGGUGGACUGUCACUGUCCAGUAUCCAUUUUGUUCAACUUGAGUUUAAAUACUUGUACUUUUAACCCCCUAAGGUUGAAUCGAAGAAUCAUAAUAAAAAAAGAUCUGUAAUUUUCA